AUGGCCUCAGCACUCAAGAACCUCAUCCCGCCCAAGAUCGCCUCGGCCCAAGCACUGAGCAGCUCUGGUACAGCUGCAAGAAUGCAACGGGUAGUCGAGUUUUACUCCAAGCUUCCCAAAGGCCCGGCCCCCAAAGCUUCGGCAGGCUUAAACCCCUUCGCUCGUUACAAGGCUAGAUACAUCGACGGCGAGAACGCCAGUGGCACCCCGCUUUUCCAUGCCAUGCUCGGGUUGUUCCUCAUCGGGUAA